AGCCCGCCGGGUGCCAUUGGUCCGGGCGGGAGGGGGGGGGCGGGCUCUCCGGUACGUCCGGCUCGCUCAUUGGGCGGGCAGCGUGUUCGUUGCGUGCGGCGGUGGGCGCGCUCGCCGCCGUGAGGAGGGCCGUCCCGUCCCGUCCCGAGCCGGAGCGGCGUCCCUGCGGCCAGAUGGCAUCCAACUAUAGAAAACCUGGCUUAAGUACAGCCCAACGGAAGAAAAGUGGCUUGAAACCUGAACUUACAGAAGAGCAAAAGCAGGAGAUCAGAGAAGCUUUUGAUUUGUUUGAUACUGAUGGAUCUGGAAGAAUUGACAUAAAAGAACUGAAGGUUGCGAUGCGUGCUUUAGGCUUUGAGCCAAAGAAGGAAGAAAUUAAGAAAAUGAUAGCAGAUAUUGACAAAGAAGGAAGUGGCACCAUUGACUUUGAAGACUUUUUGGCAAUGAUGACGCAAAAAAUGAGUGAAAAGGAUUCAAAAGAAGAAAUCUUGAAAGCUUUCAGAUUAUUUGAUGAUGAUGGAACAGGAAAAAUUUCAUUCAAAAACUUGAAAAGGGUUGCCAAGGAGCUGGGAGAAAAUUUAACAGAUGAAGAACUUCAGGAAAUGAUUGAUGAAGCUGAUCGAGAUGGAGAUGGAGAAGUGAGUGAGCAAGAAUUUUUGAGAAUCAUGAAGAAAACUAGCUUAUACUAAUAUUUGUUGCUUUGCUGUACAGCUGCUCCAAAAGAUAACCUAGAGAAGACUUAAAAACUGGGCUUGUGUCUCCUGCAUAUUUUCUGCUAUAUAAAUUCUGAAAGGAUAGAUUUUUGGUUCAUUCUUCUUUUUUCAGCAAUGUUAAUUGGCGAAGGGGGGCUUCACUACCCAGAACUGUUAAAAUGAGAUAUUGCAGAAGUGAAAAGGAAGGAUGAACUGCCCUUACAAGGCAGGGUCCCUUCUCCUCGACAAUUUAAUUGAUUGCCAUUUUGGAUAAAGAACACUGUAUUUCAGCUAUUUAACUAUUCAACUAGAAGACAUUUCACCUGAGGUUUAAAGAUUCCCACUGCUGCUGGGAAAGGCUGCUUUUGACUUUCCCAGGGCUACAGAAUGAAGGUACAAGCGCAGUAUUUUUAUUCCUUUUAAGACUUUUAGGUUAUCUUUUGGUAUUUGUCUUUUGUUUAUUUCCAUGAAAGACUCUAAACCCAAUUGCGUAUGUGUCUUUAUUUCUGUAUGAAACGCUGUGUUCCCAUGGCAACUUGUUUUUGGACCUAAUGGGAAGCAAAUAUAGAUAACCAGAUUUGGUUCUUCAUUUGGAGCUGUGUGCCAUCAGUAGACGUUCUCUUUAUCUGAUGAUCUGAAACCUAGUUUACUUGAAGGUUACCUGUCCUGUGUGGAUUAUCAGAGAUUACUGUAUGACCAUUAAACAUCUGGUGCCACUGUUCUUAUUCCCAAGACAUUACAGAGCUGCUGUUAUGCAAGGAUUUUGGCUACCUAAGUUCAGUCCUAUGGUGCAUGACAGUAAAUUAUGUCUUUGGGUGUUUACAGUUAAGUUGCAAGGAGGACUCACAUCAGAAGUGAAAAAACAGCUCGCUUCGGACAUCUGUGGAACACUGAAUAUAUUGAGAUCCAUGCAAUCCAAGGUAGUUUCAGACAUCACAGGUUUGUGGUGGGUUUUUUUUUUAGGAGUACCUUAAUUUUCUUAAUUUCCUGCAUACACUGUCAGUCUAGGACUUACUGGAGAGCCGCACUUCCUUCUGUGUUAUGGUGACCGAGCAGUGGCACAGAAUGUGACGUCUGAUUACGCGGUUCUGCAGGAGAGUUUGUCCUUGGGUCCCAAGCAGACAAUCAGCUUCAAAACUGCAGGCAAAUGGUAUAACCCUAAACCACUCUCUUUCUAAUAAGGUGCCUGAAGGUGCAUUUGUUACUGCUCACAGUGGUAGCAAAAGGCCAGAAGGGUUCAGAGGGAAGAGGAAGGAGAGAAUGGUAUUUCACCAGUAUCCAUUCAGGUCCCUCCUUUCUUCAGACAGCUUCUGCUACUUGACACAACUAACGAGCUUUGUAGAAGAAAGGAAUAGCCAGCUCCUUAAUUAGCUCUUCAUUAGCACUCCUCCCAGCAGGGGGAGAAUUAGUUUCAGGAGCAGAAAGGAGAAGUGCUCAUUUACAUUCUCUGCAUGCAGGUGCAGACCUGGCACAUUCUGCCCCAGUCUGCCCCAGUCCUCUGAGUUUUGUACUUUGAACAACUCUAAGCAGACCCUGACAUGUACAGAGGUAGGCUUAAACCUGUGAGAGAACAGGGAUUGUGUAGGACCCUGGAAAACUUGAGAGACCUGUGAAGUCCUCUAUUACCAUACUCAGUGGCAGUAGAUGUAGCCUAUAGUGCUGUAAGCAUUUUAAAAUGUCUAUUAAAUUUGUAUAAGUGUGAAAUAAAACUGUUUUGCAAGUUAA